UUAUAACUUGUUGUUUUGAAAGAAAAAUACGGAAAUAAAUGAAUUCUCUUAUAGCAAUACUUCGACCGCUUUUCUCCUUUCAAAAUCCUCGCGCAUGGAUUCUCUUCACCGUCAUGUUCAUCCAGAUCCUUCUCUUCUUCAACCUCCGUAGCUUCCCCACCUCAAUUUCACGCCCUCACCACCAAUUUCCUAGUCGCCGCGCCGUAAUCCAAACAGCUGCCACUCAAAAUGCCAUGGUAUUGGAUUCUUAUUCUAAAUCUACUCCCACUACCACUACCAACGACGAUCAAUGCGCCUCCGGUAAGGUUUUUGUCUACGACCUUCCCAAAUUCUUCAACCAAGAAAUCCUCGAUAAUUGUGACAAUCUCAAUCCAUGGAGUUCUCGCUGUGAUGCUCUAUCAAAUGACGGAUUAGGACAGAGCGCAACCGGACUCGCUGGAAUUAUCCCGAAAAAUCUUCUUCCGGCGUGGUACUGGACAGACCAAUUCGUUUUAGAAAUCAUUUUCCAUAAACGUAUUCUUAACCACAAGUGCAGAACCUUAGAGCCAGAAUCCGCUGCAGCGUUCUACAUACCAUCCUAUGUUGGACUCGCAGUGGGAAAGUAUUUAUGGAUGAACACCUCCACAACAAAAGAUUGCGAUCAUCACUGUGAGAUGAUGCUGACGUGGCUUCAAGAACAACCAUAUUACAAAAAAUCCAACGGUUGGGACCAUUUUAUAACAAUGGGACGCAUCACAUGGGAUUUUCGUCGCGCCAAAGAUGAAGAUUGGGGUUCUAGUUGCAUCAACAAGCCAGGGUUAAGAAACAUCACGCGCCUUAUCAUAGAGCGUAACCCGUGGGACUAUUUCGAUGUUGGUGUUCCCUACCCCACUGGAUUCCAUCCUAAUUCCUCUUCUGAUGUCACUCUAUGGCAGAGCUUUGUCCGCGAUCGCCGUCGCACCUCGCUUUUCUGCUUCGUCGGAGCUCCACGUCGUGCCUUCAAGAAUGAUUUCAGAGCAAUUCUAUUGAAUCAGUGUCGUGACUCCGAUGGGUCGUGCCGCAUCGUUGAUUGCGCUGGGUCACAAUGCGCGGAUGGCACAUCAGCAAUCACUGAAACCUUUCUCGACUCUGAUUUUUGUUUGCAGCCGAGAGGGGAUAGUUUCACGCGCCGGUCUAUUUUCGAUUGUAUGAUUGCUGGUUCGAUUCCGGUUUUUUUCUGGCGGCGAACCGCAUAUUUACAAUAUCAGAAUUUUUUACCUAAUGAACCGGGGAGUUACUCGGUUUAUAUAGACCGGAAUGCAGUUAUAAACGGGACAUCGGUGGUAAAAGCCGUGCUCGAGAGUUACACGAAAGAAGAGGUGAAAAAAAUGAGGGAAAAAGUGAUCGAGUACAUUCCUAGGAUGGUUUAUGCAAAAUAUAACAAAGGGAUUGAGGGUAUUAAGGAUGCAUUUGAUUAUGCAAUUGAUGGAGUAUUAACAAGGUUCAAGGAACAACUACAACCUGAGUUUCAUAAGUGGAAAUAAGUUUGAGGUAAAUGCAUUACACGUUGUUAUUAGAUUUAGAAAGAA